UGUGUUGUUCCCAUGGCAACUAUUCCUAACAAGGAUAUCCACACACGAGUGUAAACUUUCACCUCAUCUCACCCCGCAUCUUUAGCAUUAGUCUCUUUUAUCACCAAAUUACAAGGACACGUGCAUAUACUACAGUGCUAGUUCAUGUGUUUCCCUUGUUCAGAUGUUUCUGGUGGUUGUUCUGUGAGCGCUUUGCUGAAGCUGAGAAGGAUCCACUCUGAAGCAGUGUCUGUAACGAGCCAUCAUGGUCCGCCUCACCAUGGAUCUGAUUGCCAAAUCCAGCAACCAUUUCAAAAACAAGAGAAGCUACUCCCUCCCAAAGUACCUCAAGAAACUCACUCAUCUGAACUUCUCCAACAGGAACAUAGAGGACAUUGACGAUCUCUCCAUGUGCAGAAACCUCACAGUCCUCUACCUGUACGACAAUCAGAUCAGCCAGAUUUGCAACCUGGGUUUUGCCUCCAACCUCACUCACCUAUACAUGCAGAACAACAACAUCACUCACAUAGAUAACCUCUCCGGCCUGCAGAAGCUCUCCAAACUGUACCUGGGGGGAAACAGCAUCACGGUGGUGGAGGGGUUAGAGGAGCUGGGGGAGCUGAAGGAGCUCCACAUGGAGGGCCAGAGACUCCCCAGUGGAGAGAAGCUGCUCUUUGACCCCAGGACUCUCCUCUCCCUCGCUGAAUCUCUAGGUGUCUUGAAUAUCAAUAAGAACAACAUAGAUGAUGUCAGAGAUCUUACCAUUCUAAAGAAACUCACACAUUUCUUUGCUGCAGACAACCAGCUACAGGACAUGCAGGAUAUAGAGUUGGUGUUCAGCCAAUGGCCUCAGCUGCAUCGAAUGGAUUUGAGUGGAAAUCCUGUGUGCCACAAACUCAAGUACAGAGACAGGCUGAUAACUGUGUGCAAAAGCCUGAACGAACUUGAUGGGAAGGAAAUUAAUGAGUUGUCCAGGCAGUUCCUGAUUAACUGGAAAGCGUCGAAAGACGCCAAGAAAAAACUGAAAGAUGAAAGAAUCAUGACAGGCCAGAUCACCUAUCCCUUUACUGCAGACUUCCACAUGGGCCCCCAUCCUUCAUCCAAAUAUAACUGUACCAACGUCCUGGGAAAGAGGAAUCCUCCGGGGUGUGGGAGACCCAGCAGGAAGGUCCGCUCAGAACACUCACAACUGGACAGCGCAGCAAUGAGGCCACGGAACGUGAAGAUCCCAGUGAGUGCGGGGCUGCUUAGUGAUGUGGCCGACAAUGCUAAAGUCUGCGGCCUGUAAGACGGACAUGCCAGCUCUGCUAACACACAUUCACUCUGGUGACCCUCUAACACACACGCACACCUAAUAUACACUCUGGUGACCCUCUUACAUUCACUCUGGUGACCCUCUCACAUUCACUCUGGUGACCCUCUAACACACACGCACACAUAAUAUACACUCUGGUGACCCUCUCACAUUCACUCUGGUGACCCUCUAACACACACGCACACAUAAUAUACACUCUGGUGACUCUCUCACAUACACUCUGGUGACCCUCUAACAACACACACACACACACACAUAAUAUACACUCUGGUGACCCUCUCACAUACACACACACACACAUAAUAUACACUCUGGUGACCCUCUCACAUUCACUCUG